AAGGAAUUCGCAAAGUCAGCACUCUCCUCUUUCUGUCCUUUAACCCUACACUCUACAGCACAUAACAUAUACAUAUACACACUCACGUGCCCCCUUUCACAAAACAAAAAAGAAUCAUGGAUCAUCAACGCCAUGGCCAGCCCAGUCUCGAUCCCAACACAAUCCAAGAACUCGAAGCCUUACGCAGUAAACUAUGGUCAUUACAAGAAACCUUUGCAUCUCAAAUCGCCUAUCUCAAAGAACCAAAAUAUCCAUUUACGUGGCCGGAUCUACUCAACAAGUUCAACAUGUUAACCGCCAAAUUUGCAUCUUUGUCUGAAGAUUUCUACGGGUAUAUUGAAGCCGGCAGCAACGGAACGUUACCGAAACUCAUGUUGCAUCCUUAUGUUCCUACCACGACAGAACACGAGACCAACAUUUUGAGCGUCCUUUUGCGUACAAAGUUGAUUCCCGAUAUUGAAAAGCUUGAAUUGGAGACGCAGGCAGCAUUGGCACGUGAACUAGCUGCUGGUAGUAGUAGUAGUAGUAACGCUAAUGACAGUGAUUCACACCAAUUGAAUCAUCAUGGUGAUGACGAACAACUUAUCAAGACUCGCUAUGAGCAGUGGACGGCAAGACGACAGCGGCAUGAUCGUAUUGCGGCCGAGGCGGCUCAGUAUGUUUUUAACUUGGUUAAUGAUAAUCGCGAAGUCUUUUUACAACGAUACACCAGCGAGGAUGAAGACGACGAAGAGGAUGAAGAAGAAGAAAAGAAACAACAACAACAAGUUGAACAGAAGCCUUGGCAGAAGAUGGGAUUUUCGUCAGAAGAUGUUUGGCGAAGGUGGAAGCUUGAAUGCGCGGUUAACUAUUACAGCAGUGGCAAGGAACAGCUUCCUGGGAGUGACUUGAAAAAGCUGGCUACCAACGUCAAUGCAAAGUGAUCGUUACCUCCAAACACUCCAUUAAACCAUGUAUAUAAAAUAAAUAGCUCUUUCCUUUGCGCAUACCCCCCCCCCACUUCCAUCGUUAAUAUAAAAGGAUUAUUAAGCUGCAUAUGUUGUUAAGUCGCUUUGGAUACAUUGCAUAUAUGCAUUCCCAACCUAAUUACUUAGUGUACCUUUGAAAGGUGCCAAGGUCGUGCCACGUUUUUGAAGAUCAGAGCUGCU